AUGGGAACGUACCGAAAACGUUUCAAUGAGAAAGCCAGAGCGGGCCAAAUGGCCAAGCUGAAAGAGCUCAAGAAAGUGAGAAAUAGGCAGUUUCUGAGACAUUUAGAAGACGGUAGCGAGGAACAGGAAGGUCCAGAAACCAGCGAGAAAUCUAACAGUAAUGCGGAGAUUUUGCAACCUCUUACGGACGCCGAGAAAGAGAUGAAAAAGAGAAAACUGGAAGAGCUGUUCAAACCACAGGAGUCGAAAGUUUCAAGGCUCAAAAAGAAGCGGCUGGACAAGUUUGUAGAGCACCAACUGAGACGAGAGGAGAAGAAAGCGAUUAUAGAAAAGUUACAAGAGCAUAAAAUGGACACUUCAAUGCUAACGAGCUCCAAAAACCUGGGGCACGGCCGCCAGACUAAAAAGGAGCAGUUUCAGGAAGCUUUACAGCUGGAAAAGAUGGGUCGCUCAGACCAAACUGUCAGAGACAUUUUGUAUAAGCAGCACGAAGUCAAAGAGUGGGACGGCAGCGACAAUUCAAUUGGGGCCGAAGAAGAGUCCGAUGACGACGCUAAUAGCGAUGGUUCUGGCGACGACAAUGCAGCCAUUCAGUCAUCCUCGUCCUUUGUUGACAAUAGACCAGCCAAAUUCGGGGGGUCUGGGUUUGGUUUUGGAUUCCAAAACGCAAAAGUUGUCCACAAAGCGAAAGCUCCAUCUAAACAGCGGUACAAUUGGCGCGAACGAGUUCAAAUGGAGGAGGCACGCAAAUACAGCAAAGAUGACGAAAUGGAUUUUGCAUCCAGCGAAUCUGAAAAUGAAAGCUCUUCCGGAAACGAACUCGAGGCUUCUGAUAAUGACAGCGAAGAGCGGUCAGAAGAAAGCUCCCAAUCCGCUAGUGAAAGUUCAGAUUCGGGAUCAUCUUUCGAGACCACGGGAACAAAGGCAGAUGGUUUCAAGGAAUGGGCAGAGGGUCAGAUAAAACAAUUAGAGGGCCGCGAGACGCCAUUGGAGACUCCUCAGCUGCCCCAUCCAUAUCAAAAGAUCACCAGAACCGAAGACUUGGAUGACGGUCUUGUAGAUGACAGCGCACCAGUAGAUCAAGAAUCUACCAGGAAGGCAUUCUACGUCAACGUGACAAGGUCGGAAGAGAUCCAGAAGGCUCGUAUGCAGCUGCCAGUUUUUGGCGAAGAGCAUAAAUUAAUGGAAGCCAUUCAUCACAAUGAUGUACUAGUGAUUUGUGGUGAAACUGGUUCUGGUAAGACAACUCAAGUUCCGCAGUUUCUUUUCGAAUCUGGCUACGGCGACCCGAAUUCGGUCGAUACGCCAGGAAUGAUCGGUGUUACGCAACCGCGCAGAGUGGCAGCCGUUUCCAUGGCCAAACGUGUCUCAUCUGAAUUGGGUAAUCAUAGUCAUAGCGUUUCUUACCAAAUACGAUUUGACUCAACCGUGUCAGAUAAUACUAAGGUGAAAUUUAUGACAGACGGUGUGUUGAUGAGAGAGAUGAUGACCGAUUUCAUGCUCAGCAAAUAUUCUGCCAUCGUCAUCGAUGAAGCACACGAAAGAAAUAUCAAUACGGAUAUACUUAUUGGUUUGUUGAGCAGGUGUGUGAAACUGCGGGCCAAGAACCAUGCUAUUGACCCCAAGAAACACAAAAGACUAAAACUAAUCAUCAUGUCAGCCACGCUAAGAGUUUCUGAUUUCAGCGAGAAUCACUCUUUAUUCCAAAUUCCACCUCCUGUGCUCAAGGUUGACGCCCGUCAGUACCCAGUGUCAGUGCAUUUCAAUAAGCGUACUGCAUUCGACUAUACCGAAGAAACUUUUCGAAAGACAUGCAAGAUUCAUCAAAGACUUCCGAGGGGUGCUAUCUUGAUAUUCAUGACGGGAAGACAGGAAAUCACUGACAUGGUGAAAAGAUUACGUGCCGAAUUUCCUUUCCCCAAGACUUCCAAGAAUUUCAAGGAAAUGGUGAAAAGCAACCCAACAAUCAAAGCUAGUGCUAAAAAUGUUGCCAUCGAAGCCGAGGACGUCGAUUUCAGUGUGAACGUGGAAGAGGAUAGAACUGGAGAACAAAACGAUGAUUUUGAAAAUGACGACUCAGAGGAGGAGGGCUUCGAUGAAAAUUUGGAGGAGGGUCAAACAGCUACCGAUCCACUAUACGUGCUCCCUCUGUACUCGUUAUUGCCUACUGAAGAGCAGCUCAAAGUUUUCAACGAGCCGCCCGAGGGUUCCCGUCUUUGCAUUGUGGCAACCAAUGUUGCUGAAACUUCCUUGACCAUUCCUAACGUGCGCUACGUUGUUGACAGUGGGAGGUCCAAAGAGAGAAUUUAUAACGAGACGAAUGGAGUUCAAAGUUUUGAAGUGGGAUGGGUGAGUAAAGCUUCCGCAGAUCAAAGAAGUGGUAGAGCGGGACGUACCGGUCCCGGUCACUGUUAUAGAUUAUACUCUUCUGCAGUUUAUGAAAACGACUUUGAGCAGUUUUCAAAACCCGAGAUUUUACGGAUGCCAGUGGAAAGCGUUGUUUUACAAAUGAAAAGCAUGGCAAUUCACAAUAUUUUGAACUUUCCAUUUCCGACACCGCCAAGCCGCAAUGCUCUGCAAAAGGCUAUAGAGAUGCUACAGCAUUUGGGGGCCCUUGAUAUCAAGGAAGGUAUCACUGACGAUGGAAGAAAAAUGAAUCUGUUCCCUUUGAGUCCAAGGUAUUCUAAAAUGCUUUUGGUAGGCAACGAAAAUGGAUGUUUACCUUACAUCAUUUCAAUUGUUAGUGCACUUUCUGUUGGGGAGCCAUUCCUUACAGAGCACGAACUAGGAAUUGCGGAAAGUCGGGAUGAUCCGGAGAGUACAGUACGGCAAGACGACGAUGCAAAUGACCAGAAGAAGCAAACGCGAGCCCUUUACUUCAAAAGUCAAGCCAAAUUCUGCAAGCUGGACAAGUACAGCGACGUGAUUAAACUUCUAUCUGCUGUUAGUUCUUUGGAUUAUGUUGCGCCAGAGGAUAGGUCCGCCUUCAUGAAAGCAAACUUCAUGAGACCCAAACUUGUAGAAGAGACGAGGAAAUUGAGGAAGCAGAUAUUUUACAUUGUGAAGUCGAACACAUCGAGGGAGAAUGUUGCAGUCAGUGUUUCUGACGAUGAUCUUAAGUCCAGUGUUCCAAGCGCGACUCAGGUGAAAUUACUGAAACAAAUGGUGUGUGCUGGAUUUGUUGAUCAAGUGGCUAUCCGUGCGGAUCUUUUUGCACCCGAUGAUUGUCAGAUCACUAAUAGAACCGCAGUGUCAAUGGUGCCAUACGUACCGGUUUUGGCUCCCAUAAUACCGGGCGAUAUUUCCCAGAAUUUCGUGUAUCUGCACAACACCUCAAUUCUCAACGAGAUUGGCGAGCAACCCCCAAAGUACCUCGUCUAUCAUUCUCUGCAUAAAAACUCACACACCGAGAAAUCCAAAACACGCAUCAAGCCAUUGUGUGACAUCAAAAGCACUCCUUUGGUAAACAUCGCACGCAAGGGGUCUUUAGUCACCUAUAGCAAACCUCUAGCCGGCAACGGAAUCCGUCCUAUAGACAUUUCGAGUACUGAGAGACUUUGUCAUGUUACUCCGCGCUUUGGAAGCACCAUCGACUGCGAUCUAAAAGUCGGUUGGGAUCUCAAUCCCGUCGCUGUGCGUCAGAAAAAGAAAGCCGGGCUCUGGGUUGUUGAGAAGCUGAUCACCGCCAAGAACUAUAAAGAAUCUAGCCAACAAAAGGCCACGAAUUAA